GCCGCACCACCCACAGGAGGAGCGCGCGCCCAAUUGAAUCAACGCUCGCCGCCGCUUUUGGAAGCGACGUUCACUUGAGUCCCCGUGGGUACACCGCUCUUUUCUCUCUGCCUUACUCUAUAUACCCACUAGUCCACCUCUGAAAGGUACAGACCCCUAAAGAGGAGAAGAAAACGAAGGGAGGGGAAGGGAGAAACGGGAGAGACUGCAGUUGGUGCAUGGCAUGAAGACGCGACUGUUGGGGACCCGGCUGAGCAUGGCACAUUAUGCCAGGAUCUGAACUGAAACGGAGACCGGGUUUGGGCUCAUAGAUAUGGGUGUUAAUAAUAAGAAACCCUUGAGUCUGCAGGAGUAAAGGGCUAGAAAUGUGCUUGAUGUCGUUCGGCGUGACGCUUUUGGAUGCGCAAUUCUGGAUGGGAUGAAACCGCGUAGCCGGGGGCCAAAUCUAGGCGCUUAACGUGAGACCACCGAUCUGAGCUCCCCAGAGCUGCGUUAAACCACAUCUCCUGCCCCUCGACCACAGAAAGUUUCGCGAUGGCUCUCGUCAUGGAACCUGUUAGUAAAUGGAGCCCCAGUCAAGUUGUGGAUUGGAUGAAGGGCCUGGAUGACUGCUUGCAGCAGUAUAUAAAGAACUUUGAACGGGAGAAGGUAGGAGGUGACCAGCUGCUGAGGAUCACCCAUCAGGAGCUGGAGGAUCUGGGGGUAUCCCGCAUCGGACAUCAGGAGCUGAUCCUGGAAGCUGUGGACCUGCUGUGCGCUCUGAACUACGGGCUGGAGACUGAAAACCUGAAAACUCUUUCACAUAAGCUCAAUGCCUCUGCCAAAAACCUGCAGAACUUCAUCACGGGCCGCAGACGCAGCGGCCAUUAUGACGGCCGGACAACCCGCAAGCUGCCCAACGAUUUCCUCACAUCUGUGGUGGACCUCAUCGCUGCUGCUAAGAGCCUUCUGGCCUGGCUGGAUAGGUGUUACUUCUUUUGCAGGUCGCCAUUUGCUGCCGUAACAGAUUAUUCUGUGACCAGGAACAACGUGAUUCAGCUGUGCCUGGAACUUACUACCAUAGUACAGCAGGACUGCACCGUCUAUGAGACCGAAAAUAAGAUCCUCCAUGUGUGUAAGACAUUAUCUGGAGUAUGUGACCACAUCAUCUCACUGUCGUCAGACCCCCUGGUCUCCCAGUCAGCACAUCUGGAGGUGGUUCAACUGGCUAAUAUUAAACCUACAGAGGGUCUGGGAAUGUACAUCAAAUCCACAUAUGAUGGGCUUCACGUUAUCACAGGAACCACAGAGGGGUCUCCAGCAGAUCGCUGUAAGAAGAUCCACGCAGGUGACGAAGUCAUCCAGGUGAACCAUCAGACAGUGGUGGGCUGGCAGUUGAAAAACUUGGUAAGCUCUCUGCGCGGGGACCCUGCCGGUGUGACAUUGACCCUGAAAAAGCGUCCCCAGAGCACGCUCACCUCCGCCCCAGCCCUACUAAAGAACAUGAGAUGGAAGCCCCUGGCCCUGCAGCAGCCAGUCGUACCCAGGAGUCCCACCAGCAGCUCGGCCACGCCCACAAGCACCAUCAGUACACCUUCCAAGCGUGAUAGCUCUGCCCUCCAAGACCUGUACAUCCCUCCCCCUCCUUCCGAGCCGUACACACCCCGAGAUGAAAAAGGUGGUCUACUCAGUGAAGGCGGCGUGUCUGUGGCGAAAGGGUCAGAAUCUCCAAAUUCAUUCCUGGAUCAAGAGUACAGACGACGGUUUCCUCUCAUGGAAGAAGAAGCUGUCCUGUACUGCUACGAGUACGACCCCAACCACGGAGCCACAACGUCCCGCCGAGACAGUACACCCACUUACGGUCGUCUGAGGCCCAUCUCUAUGCCUGUAGAGUAUAACUGGGUUCCUGACUACGAGGACCCAGCUAGAAUGAAGAGAGAAGGUCGGAGAGAAAACUCUCUGUUGCGGUAUGUAAGUGAUGAGAAGGCUGCUGAUCUGGCAGGGCGUAGCAUGAAGAGAGACACAGGAAAACGUGGAAAGAAGAAGAGCGAAAAGAGUGGGAGCCCCACCCACUACGCCCUCCUCCCCACCCUUCAAAUGGAGGUGCUCCGUCAGGAAUCAAUGAACACGCCCAACCCAGACUCCACCUCUCUUUACCACACAUUCCAGGGAUCAUCUCUGCUAUCCAAGACCAAGAAAAAGAGUAAAGCGGCUCCACUGUCCUCCAUCAGCAAGAGAAGAAUCUCUUGUAAGGACCUGGGUCGUGGAGACUGUGAAGGCUGGCUGUGGAAGAAGAAGGACGCUAAGAGCUAUUUCUCGCAGAAGUGGAAGAAGUACUGGUUUGUUUUGAAGGACGCCUGCUUGUACUGGUAUAUGAACGAAGAGGAUGAGAAGGCCGAAGGGUUUGUCAGCCUCCCUGAGUUUAAGAUCGACAGAGCCAGUGAAUGUCGCAAAAAAUAUGCGUUUAAAGCGUGCCAUCCCAAAAUCAAGAGCUUCUACUUCGCAGCCGAUGGCGUGGACGAUAUGAACAGAUGGUUGAGUCGUCUCAACAUGGCGGCUGCCGGCUACGCAGAAAGAGAGCGAAUCCGUCAAGAACAAGCAGACUACUGGAGUGAAAGUGAACAUGAAGACAAUGAGACGCCCUCGACGCCCAAGCAAGACAGCCCACCGCCCCCUUAUGACACGUACCCACGGCCACCCUCAAACCAGGUGAGUUGUGCGAGUCCUUAUCUAGAACCCAAGCACGGCCGCCUCUCAUCCACAGAAACGUCACAGUCUCGCUCCUCUCAUGAGGAGUACCGCUCCGAACCGCAAGGCGGCAGCAGCAGUGGAGGAGGUUCCCCAGCUCGGAAGUCUGCCAGCCAGCGGCGCUCAUGGCAGGACCUGAUUGAAACCCCUCUGACCAGCUCAGGCCUCCACUACCUGCAGACCCUGCCCCUAGAGGACGCUGUGUUCUGCGAGCCAGGGGCCGGACUUUCUCCAGAAUAUCGCCGCCAGUCCACUCUACCUGCACAACGCACACUGAUGCAGGAACAUUACGGUCCCUUUCCAAUGCUUGAAGGGGAAAGGCUCCGAGAGCCUGUUAAUGCAGCCGGGAAACCCCGCAGCUUCACCUUGCCUCGGGAUAGCGGCCUGCAUGCCCUCCUUACACCCACCUCCAGCAUGGCAGAUCAGCGGGACCCCAGCCGCAGAGAGCUCAGCCGUUCACACUGCAUCAAUAAUGGCGGGGAGCAGGAGUGCCAUGGGCAGGCGGAUUCGCUUGGUGAUUUGUACCGCGCGCUGGAGCGUGCCAGUCUGUCGCCUAUUGGUGAGCACCGCCUUUCCACCCGUCUGGAGUACAAACACCUUUUCAUCCGGCGUUGCAACGAUCCACAGCUAAAUGACAAACUGCAUCAUCUCCGCAUCCUGCAGAGCACGCUAAAGGAUGUCCCGCCCCAGGACGCAGAGCCCCCAUCGGAAUAUUAAGGUUGGCCUUCGAAACAGACAAGAAAAUCCAAUGAACCGGUUACCACCGCUGCUAUACCUCACAGACGCUGAGGUGAAAGCAUCCCUGAAACUGUUCACCUCCUACUGCAACCGUGCAUAUAAUCCAAUCACCUGAGUACCAAAGUCAUUUAAGCUCACGUAAUAUUGUGCAAUGGUCGAGCGUAGUUAUCGAAACCAAACCUUUCCACAAAACCUGCUGGACGUGUCUUCCUGCUGGAGUUUGUAUUUCAUAAAGAGCAAAGUGCCUGUAUGAAAAUGAGCUGCGGGCAACAGAUAAAACAGUGAGAUGACAGACAUCCUUCUGUUUGCUGAGCACCGACGCAGACAGCCUGUCUUUUUUAGUCUGGUCUUUAUUAUGUGGUGUCUAAACGCGGCAUGCAUUAUCAAAAAGUCCAAAUGUGAAAAUGUAAAUGCGUUUAAAGCUUUACAUUAGAAGGAAAGUAUCUGGAUUGUUGCCACAUCUCUUUUCUUAAAUAUUAUUAUUGGUGUUUUUCAUCCAUCCUAUCAUUUUGGUGAAUCUCACGAAAGCGGGUCACAUUUUACCCCAAAAUCAAAAGUUAAGAAAUAAUAUUGAUCUUAAAUAGAAUUAUUUGACGAAAAAGCACAUUACCCUUAAAGUUAUUAAUACUGUUUAAUAUUUUGUUUAGUAAAUGUAAUUCUAAUUAUAACAACAUAUAAAUAUAUAAAAUAUAUUUUCACAGACGUAAGAAUGGUAAUUUUGUUGCGUUGUGCUAAUGUAAAUUUGGAUGGGAAAAUGUUUAAUAAUAGUAAUAAUAAUAAUCUACCUUAAUUUCCACAUACAACCACAAACCUUUUUUUUAAUAUACGCUGUUCUGCCUGUUUUUAUAAAUUAUUGUCCUGCUGUAUUUGGUCACACAAGAUCAAAGACUAAAUUCAGUUUACAAUUUUGCAAUACAGUGUUUUGAUUAGAGCAUGAUGUGACAUCUCUCGACCAAUCCGCAACGCUUAUAAAGAUUUGGCUUUACUCCAGUUUUGCAUGUAUUUCAUAGUCCAGUACAUCAAACCCUUGGUUUUCUUCUCUUUUUCACCCUGUUUCCUUCUUUAAUUUAAUUUGUCUGGCUUUCCAUCUGUAUAGGCCGCUGGAUGAAAUCUGUUUGUUGGCUGUUUUAGGCUGUACAGUAGUGACCAUGUGCUCCUGUCUUUGCAUGCAUGACCAGUCUUCCUUCUAUCUGUGCUCUCUGAUGGACCGUAUUCUGAUUCUUGUGUACGCUUGGGCUUUGUUUUUGUUUUGUUUUUUUGAUUCAUGUGUAUAUGGAGAGUUUUUAUGGAAAGAUAAAGGUGUCUAUUUUUGGCUGAGGUGCUCAGUGUUUGUAAAAAUCGUUCUCUAAACUGUGGUGAACCGUUAAAAUCUUUCGUUCCAAGUUAUCGCGCCCAGCCAGAUGUAUAGUUACUGGGGAAAAGUAUGUGAACCCUUUGGAUUUCAGCAUAAAUUAGUCAUACAGGAUCUGAUAAAAAAAAAAAAAAAACAUUUUCUUUUCUUUUUUUUCAACACGAUAGGACGUUUGAGGACAUUUAACUGGUUAUAUUAAAUCAUACAUUUGCCAGUGUGUAAAAUAUAGAUAUGAAACCGGAUUUUUGGUGGUUAUUUGUUUCAGCAGACUUCACAUUCAGCUCGCAUUUUCACCAAUUUAUGCAAAACCACAGGGUUUACAUAGAUUUUCCCUUCAACUGUAUUCCGGUUAGAAAAAGGAAAAUGGCUGUAAGGACUUUAGUUAAAGUGUACAAGUCUAUUUUUAUACCAAUUGUUUCUGUUUAGAUAAGAAAUGUUUUCCUACCAAGAAGAGAAAAGCUGGAACACAUCAACACCACCAUAAUGUAUUUCAUGUACUUGUGAAUGGCCUUGUGUGAGUACUGUAAUGCAAUGUACAUUGAAAUGUGUUUUUACUCAGCAGAAACUGGCUUUUCAGAUUAAAAUAUUUAAUGUUGA